AACAGCUUUGCGUCAGGUAAAUUUGAUCCAGAAACCUUUGCAGCUUUUUUCUAGGCCAGAUAGCGCAGCCGCGCAUGAUGUUCAAACGAAUUGCCGGCCAUGUAGUCCGUUGUGGCGGACGAAGGCCAUGUCCUCGGAGGACUCUCUAUGAUCGCAGAUUCUCCGCAUAUACCAGCUACUGUUCUACUGCUUCAGCGCCAGCGUCUGCAGCAUCGCCACUGGGCAGUAUAGCCGUGGAACUCGAUCGCGUUGCUCCCCGGUUUGAAGUUUCAGCAUCAAAAAUUACGAUUUUAGACUCUCCGUCUGCGUUCUACAACACUUUAAAGGACAAGAUUCGUAAUGCACGGAAGCGCAUAUAUCUAUCUACUCUAUACAUCGGCAAGACGGAACAUGAUCUGGUCCAGACACUGGACGAAGCUCUUGCCGGCAACCCUGAUCUUACAGUAUCUAUCCUGACAGAUGCAUUGAGGGGCACUCGCGAAACUCCCAAUCCGUCAUGCGCCUCCCUUCUUGUGUCGUUGGUUGCCAAGUAUGGUCCGGACAGAGUGGAAAUACGGAUGUUUCACACACCAAACCUCACAGGGUUGCGGAAGAAAUGGGUCCCUGCUAGAAUCAAUGAGGGUUGGGGCCUACAGCACAUGAAGCUGUAUGGCAUUGAUGACGAGAUAAUACUUUCUGGAGCAAAUCUCUCUGAGGACUAUUUUACAAAUCGGCUAGACAGGUACCACGUAUUCGACUCCAAGGAGCUGGCAGAUUAUUAUGCACGCAUCCAUCAUGCAGUCUGCAGUCUAAGCUUUCAGGUUCUGCCAGAUCCGCAUAACUUAGGCGGAUAUAUUCUAAACUGGCCGACAUCUAACAAAGCCCCUUCUCCUCUAGAGGACGCGAGGGACUUCGUCGCGCAUGCAUCGGGAGUCCUAAGCCCACUCAUACAACCCCCCAAACUCAAACCUACUUCUCAGCCUAUGUCUUCAAAUCAAACCCUCGUAUACCCGGUGGCUCAAUUCACCCCUCUCUUACAACCAGACACCUCCACGGAAUACCGUGCGGUGACAUCUAUCUUACGCCUCCUCUCAGAAUCUCCCACGUUUCAGGGCGCCCGCUGGCUCUUCACAGCAGGAUAUUUCAACAUACACCCUGUUCUCUCGUCUCUCCUGAUAGCAAGCACAUCUCCAUCCCCUCAAUCCACAUCCACAACCGAGGGAACAGUCCUGACAGCCUCACCCUGGGCUAACGGGUUCUACGGCUCCCCUGGAGUCUCAGGAAUGCUACCCGAUGCUUAUACACAUCUCUCUGCCCGAUUCCUUGACAGGGUAGCAGAGGCUCAGAACUCGAAUUUCAUUCAGCUGAGAGAGUGGCGGCGUGGAACGGUCGGGCAACCUGGCGGUUGGACGUACCAUGCAAAAGGCCUUUGGAUUACCUUACCGAAGGAAGAUAAUCCCAGCCUCACUUUUUUGGGGAGUAGCAAUUACACUAAGCGUAGUUAUAGCCUUGAUCUUGAGGUUGGCGCGUUGGUGAUUACUAGUGAUCAGCGAUUGAAAGAGAGGUUGGGCGAGGAGUCGCGGUGGCUGCAAGAGGAUUCUAAGCCCGUCUCGCGAGAGGAUCUCCGAAAAACAGAGAGGAGGGUACAGUGGAACGUCAGGCUGGCGAUGUGGAUUGUCGAGAAGGUUGGAGGUGCGCUGUAAAUACUGCAGUUGUAUUGGUGGGAUCCUCAAAAAACAUAGACUAUAUUUACAAAAUAAUGUUUUUUUUUCUUCUUCGAACCAUAUAUCAUCUAUAUCAGCCCCAGAGAUUAUACAACAGUGAACAAUAUCUACUGGAUGACUCUAGGUUUUAUCGGAUUGCGAUACUGCAAAGUGAAAUCAA